GAAGAAGAACCUGCUACAUAUUUGUGAAGUUGCAGACCGUGGUCGCCAACGUUUGCUCUUAUCAAUAUGCACAGAACAGUGUUGCGGCAUGAGAAGAUCACCCUUCAGAGAUGCCAGAGCUGUUGCUCUAAUUACCAUUGCCCGUUCUGCGGACCAAAAGUGUUCAAACCCGCCGUGGAACGUCACGUGGUGGAGAAUCAUGUCCGCAACCACUUAUCUUUGGCAGUACAGCAUGAAGAAUUCCUGAUUGUCAAGUGCAACUUGCAGUGUAGAGAACGGGCACAUUUUCACUGUUGUUAUUGCCCAAACACAGUUAUAAGGAAAGUCCAGAUUGUACAACAUUUAGCAUCAUGCAAAAAAAGACAAGUUCCACCUACAGAACCAGCCACUGAUGAGCCAGCUGCAAUCAAUGAACCAGUUGCCACCAGUGAACCAAUAGUUCCAUGUGCACCAGUUGACAUCAAUGAACCAGUUGUUCCCAGUGAACCAGUUGCCUUUAAAGAACCAGCUGUGACUGAAGGAGUCCCCUUGCCUGUUAAAUCCCUGCUUUUUCCCCAAAAAUCGCGUAUUCAGAAGAAAGUGCAGUGCGGUCACUGUGGAAUAACCGUCAACAAGAAAAAUCUAGAUGUUCAUGUUAAAAGAAAACACACUGGUAAGAUCUGUGAUGUUACAGAAGAUCGUCACCUACCUUCACAGUGCAUCGACCCAGUGAGUGGUAUAUAUGCGGUUGAAAAGUCAUUUCGCAGACCAUGUUCUGUAAUCCACGUACAGAAAAAAAACUCUGGUCCACAUCCAGUUGUCGCAUGUGAAAUGGAUGAAUGCAUUUCCAAAUUAGAAUUUGCCGCUCGCAUUCUUUUUUUGUGA